CUAUUUUCGCUUUUUUUUUCUUUUUCUUUCUUUACACAACACAUCCAGUAAACAUAUAAUCAAAUCAAACAACGGCGAGCAAGCCGAGAAGUGCCCAAACAUCUGCCCAUUUCCACCGAGGCCCGCGACUCAUGGCAUUUUGAGACAAGGGUUUGCUUUCCAAAAGCUCUAGCUGACUUACAAGUAUAUAUUCAUUUUGUUUCUUGCUUUUGCAUUCUAUGCUUGCAGAGGCCAGAAAACCUACUACCCGUCUUUGUCUUGGAGGGGGACACCUUCUCACUAAAAACCGUCCGUUCAAGAGGGAUUAACUCAACACCGCGUUUCUCGGCCUGUUUCCGACGCCGCUAUCUGAGACAAGCGAGACCUAGGUCAUUUGCUGAUAAUUCCUUGCCUCACGCGGGACGCCGCCGCGGAACAAUCAAACAAGAAUAAAAUAAUAAUAAAUAAUAAACCAGACGACAAUAUUUCUUCAACAUUUUUCCCCCCCUAGACAACAAACAGGAUUUGAGGCUAGCAAUCUUGCCUCUCCCUCCCAGUGUUUUUCUUCUUAGGGGCGCCCUACUCAUCCACGCCCUUUCUUAUGCUGCAUUGCCACCACCUAACCCCUUUUCCUCCCAAACUUAUCCCAACCCAUACAAAAAAAAACACACCAAACCACACACAUGGGUGUUAUCAGCCAAGCCAUGGACUAUUAUAACCGCGAACGUCCGGGAGUGAUACGGCAGCCUGGGAGGAUGACGGCCAUCAAGACCAUGAAACGACCACGACAGAGCAAGUCGUCAGCAACCUACUCCGUCGACCCAGUGGAGCUGUCUCGCCGGCUUUCCCUGGUACUCGAGGAGCAACAGAGGGCUGCGGAACGCCGGAGGCGCGCAAGCCUGAAUCCAGAUUUUGCGUCCGCACACGUAUCGGGAUAUCAGCAACAAGAUGGCAUCGCAGCUUUCAGAGCAGCAGAUCCGUCCGUGAGCACAGGGCUUCGUCGUUCAGAAGCCAAAAUCGACACCCAGAAGAGGAAAUCGUCCCAACAGCCGUCUUCAGAAAACGCAGCAAAGGAGGAUGCCCAGACCCAGACCAGCCAUCCGUAUGUGCCUCGUGAGGCUGCUUUACAGUUUUCCGUCACAACAACAGCCAUCAGCAUGAGGGAGGGUACCGGAACUAGCGGUCUUGUCCGCAGACUAUCCAAGAGUGCGCUCAAGCUCCACCUCAGCAGAGAUGAGCAGCAGAAAGCUUCCAGCGGGCGAAAACCGGAAUCAAAUCAAGUUCAUGGGGGUCGCAUAGCGGAAGAUGAGGUAGAGGGUCAUCCAAAUGGCACGAGCGAUCAGCAAGAAGAAAACAAGCGCGGCAGCAAAGGUCUUUACCCGGAAAGGAAGUCGGAGGACCCUAAUGUCCGCGACUCGCAAGUCGCACCAGAUUCCCUAGACCACCACAGCAGCAACACGCCGCCACCACCAUUGGUCAAGCCACUGCAUAUCUCCAUCGCGAACAAGCACCGUGUAGAUUGGACGCAGAGUGACGAAGUCAAAAAGACCAGGCUAUCGCCCCUCUUGAAACGGCCCGUAUCCACCUGGACGUUGCGAGGGCGACUGGUUGGCAAGGAAAAGGGAUCGUUUUCAAACGAAGUUGGUCCAGAAUCACCCGAGCUGAAGUCGCCCAAGUAUGGAUUCUUUGCUAGAUUCAGGCGUUAGCUAUAACGAUUCUUUAGAUACAAGAUAGUCCCACGGAACUCACGUGGACAUACUCAUAUACAUAACUCAACCUCAGCUUCCCAAGGUAACCUCAUGAUGCACCACAAACUGGCGUCCAGAAAUUUCCCCGUAUGCUGUGCUGGACUUGAUAAUAAUCAAUCCUGGGCCAUAAGCGUGCAGCGAAGCGUGCUUAUGAGCUUCUGUUGUUGACCUGGUACGAGACUAGCCCAUUGGGCUCUUCCACCAUAAGAGCAGGUGGGAACUGCCAGCACCCCUCAUGUACAGAAGCGUUGAGACUGGAUACUCAGGAGACAAAUAAACACAGCGAUGCGAGUCAUGAGAAGGAUGCUUGAAGAUGUCACGCCCAAAUUCUGGCAUGGCUAUGCCAGCUCAACAUCAGUCUUCGUGUUCUUGCUGUUGAAGAGUCUCGAUGAGCU